CUAGGAAAUUCCACUUACUUGGAUGAUCAUGGACCACCUCCUAGUAAGGUGCUACCUUUCCCGAGCCAGGUGGUGUACAACAGAGUAGGCAAGUGUGGGAGUCGUACUGUGGUCUUGCUUCUGAGAAUCUUGUCAGAGAAGCACGGAUUCAAUUUGGUCACGUCAGAUAUUCACAACAAAACCAGGCUUACUAAAAAUGAACAAAUGGAACUGAUUAAAAAUAUAAGUACUGCCGAACAACCCUAUUUAUUCACUCGACAUGUUCAUUUCCUCAACUUCUCAAGGUUUGGAGGAGACCAGCCUGUCUACAUCAACAUCAUUAGAGACCCCGUCAACCGGUUUUUAUCUAACUAUUUUUUCCGUCGAUUUGGAGACUGGAGAGGGGAACAGAAUCACAUGAUCCGCACCCCCAGCAUGAGGCAGGAGGAACGCUACCUGGAUAUCAAUGAGUGUAUUCUUGAAAACUAUCCCGAGUGUUCCAACCCCCGAUUAUUUUACAUCAUUCCAUAUUUUUGUGGACAGCAUCCCAGAUGCAGGGAGCCUGGUGAGUGGGCCCUUGAAAGAGCAAAACUGAACGUGAAUGAAAACUUCCUGCUUGUGGGGAUUCUUGAAGAGUUGGAAGAUGUGCUGCUUUUACUGGAAAGAUUUUUACCUCAUUACUUCAAGGGUGUGCUCAGUAUCUACAAAGACCCAGAGCAUAGGAAACUUGGAAAUAUGACUGUGACCGUGAAGAAGACUGUUCCCUCCCCCGAGGCCGUGCAGAUUCUCUACCAGCGGAUGAGAUAUGAGUAUGAGUUCUACCACUACGUCAAAGAGCAGUUCCACCUGCUGAAACGCAAGUUUGGACUGAAGUCCCACGUCAGCAGGCCUUCUCUGAGACCCCAGUUCUUUAUUCCAACCCCACUGGAAACCGAGGAGCCGAUCGAUGAUGAGGAACAAGAUGACGAGAAGUGGCUAGAAGAUAUUUAUAAGAGAAAUCAACAAGUCUCUCUAGAGUUUUUUCUUCGUUCACUAAAAUUGGACGGUAGCCAAGACAUAAAGCAAGUCAUUGGGAACCUGUCGAGUGUGCACUAAAGCUACUUUAUCAUGAGAUGUGUUAAGAAGGCUCCACCCCACAGGAGUCCAGUGAAGGCUGGGACCACAGAGGCACAGAGUCCAGCAUUUGGCCACUGGUGGGCCUCCUUUCUGCCUCAGAGCACUGGGGCAGACACGUGAUUGAGAAAAAUGUUCUUAGAAGAGAAAAUAUCCUUUGUCCUGUGUAGAGAGCCCAGGGCCCUACCAUUAGGCACAUCUUAAAAAGCCACCCAGAGAGCAGCUGUCCUAUUAGAAACAAAAAUAAGAACAGCGUCUGGUACAUUGUGAGUCAUUCCUAUGAAACUGCAUAUAAAGAAUGACAGUUAGUUUACACACUGUGCUGGCUCGCUCUCUGAAAAUACGAUGGAACCAGCUUCGUGGUCUCUGCUUUCGUCAGAACAUCAGGACCGUCGGUCAUUUACACAACGCAUCGUCCUAGUGCAAGUUCACACGAGCACUUCCCCCGGUGUGUUCAAAGGCCUUUAUUGUCAACAGUAUCAUUAUAAUAUGCCAACAAGAGAUGCCGACCCAUUCACUUGCAGGGCCUUCCUGCUAUUUCACCCCAGCAAAUAGCCUCUUUGUCCUUAAAGUCAAGGCACUGCAUCAACUUCUUGGCACACGUGACAGCAUUUCUUUGGCCCUGAGCCCAACGCAGUUUGUACUUCAUGAAAUAUAUUGUACAUUUUACAUAGUUUAAUUUAAAAAAAAUACACUUUAAGCUGGUUGAUCUUUGACUGCCUUAUUUAUUAUAACCUUUCAGCACAUUCCAAGGUUUUAGUUACUCAGGAAGGAGUUAAUUAAAAUGAUUUUAUUUUGGUCUGAUGGAUUUUUUUAAAAGGAAAAUUAUUAUUAUGAACCUUCAGCCUACUCUCCUUGAGUGCCGUAAAAGUGCUUGUAAAUCUUUUUUUUUUUAAGAACAAGAAAGAAAAAACUGGUGUUUGACAUUGAUGGAAAUCCAAAAACAUAGAUGGAACUGAAACAUUAGCUUAGCUAAAAUAAAAGCAAUCUGUGUUUGAGAUGAAAUAUUCCUUAACUUAUUCAUUACCCAUAUAAAUAAAUGAAUAUAAAUAAACUGAAAUUUCUUCCCAUUCUGUUGAUAGCUGGAAAUAAUAAAAGUGCCUGCAGUUCUUCA